CUCCUCUGUCUACCAACUCUGCCGUUCUACUCUCAUCGUCUCCUCAACAACCCCCUUUCUCCCUCACACACUCCCUCUCUCUUGCUCCCUCACAUUCUGUUCUCUUCCUCUUAUUUGUGGAAGAGCUGCUAUCUCUGGCGGUUUGCCGCAUGGUCGCUAAAGACUCAACAUCAUCUGCUUCCCGGACUCUUCAACACUGCUGCACGGGCACAUGCCACACGGAUGUAACGGCAUUCACCGGACCGCACCGCAACGGGUCACUGGAGAUCAAGACUUCAUUCUGGCAGAGGGUUUGUAACUGAGACCAAGAAGGGCGCUAAGUGCGCAUCCUCUGCAUGUGAAGAUUGAACCACUUUGGCUGGAUGACGGAGUCCAGAUUUUAGCAACACGUCCACCCAGGAAAACGCAACUCUCCUCAGACUCCAUUGCUGCGAUGUAAUGAUAGCGAUCAGGAUGAUGUUGGAGCAGAGUUUGGCAAUCUAAAGAGCAUCCGAACUUUUCUCAAAUUCUAUUUAUAGGCCUAUGUACAGUUUCCUUGUUUUGGUCAUCGCACAGGACUUCUAUGCUGGUUCCAGAGUAGGCUCAUAGCCCGAACCGCCCUCCUCAUGGAACGAUCAGCAUCUUUGGAUAUAGAAGCGCUCAAGAUGACUCAGGAGCAGUACAUUCUGGCAGCGCAGCCAAACUCCCUGCACCAGCGGGGGUCAUCAGUGUGCGGAGCCCAAAUGUACCCUGCGGUGGGAAUCUACGGCUGGAGGAAAAGAUGCUUGUACUUCUUCAUUCUCCUCCUUGUCGUCACUAUGAUUGUCAACCUGGCGCUGACCAUCUGGAUCCUCAAAGUCAUGAAUUUCACUCCGGAAGGAAUGGGCAAUCUGCGAGUGACCAAAGAAGGGGUGAGACUGGAGGGGGUGUCUGAAUUCCUUUUGCCUUUAUACGUCAAAGAGAUCCAGUCCCGAAGGGACAGUCCAUUGAUCAUGCAGUCGGAUAGAAAUGUGACUAUCAAUGCUAGGACUGAUGAUGGACAACUGACUGGUCAACUCACAGUGGGCUCAGAGAUGGUGGAGGUCCAGUGUCAGAGGUUUGAGGUGAAGAGUCCUGAUGGAGAGAGAGUUCUGUUCUCUGCAGAUGAAGAGGAGAUCAGCAUCGGCACUGAGAAACUCAGAGUGACAGGGUCAGAAGGAGUUGUGUUUAGCCAUUCCGUACAGACGUCACACGUGAGGGCAGAGCCAUUCCAGGAUUUAAAGCUUGAGUCUCCAACUCGGACGCUAACCCUGGAGGCGCCUCGAGGUGUGGAGAUCAAUGCUGGGGUUGGAGACUUAACAGCAUCAUGCAGGAAAGACCUCCUGCUGCAGUCCUCAGAAGGAGAGAUCUUUCUAGACGCAAACACCAUCCGGCUGGGCAACAUUCCCCUUGGCAGUGCGGUGGACCCACUGGAAGGUGCUGCAGCAGGUACCACCUACACCAAACAGACAGGUGUGUACGAACUGUGUGCCUGCGCCAACGGCAAGCUCUACCUAUCACCCGCUGAGAAAGGCUCGACCUGCCAAACAACAAGUAACUUUUGCCUCUGGAGCUGAAAGCAGAAGGCGGACAUGAAAGUGAAAAACAAUGGACCACAGGAGAGAAGCUAAUGCUAGCCAACAAACUGAAUCAACACGGAUCAUAAAUGGUGGUCAAGCUAUUGCAAGCCAAAAGACCAGUUGUCUGUAAUCUGGCAAGUCAUAUAAAAUGGAAAAGAUCUUGGCAGCACCAACCACCAUGGCCUGUGGAUUUGUGUCAAGACAGUCCCAACUAAAGAACUGCAUCAGGGAUGAGAGAGAGAAUCGACGAUCAGCUCAGUUACCCACCAAAUUGGAGUAUGCCAGUACAACAUGUUAGUCAGAAGAAUGGAAGAAUUUGGUGGAACUGACAAAGGUGUCACACUAAGGACAUGGAUGUCACAACCGUACUAAGUCGGACUAUCUGAUACAAUGCUCGUGUGGCUGUUGUGUUUUAAGUGCGACAAAAAUGGUCAUCAGACAAAAACAAAUGUUGAAAGAAAGUGUAGUGCUCAUCAAAUGAUUAAAAAUCGAACGGUAUUGACUGCAACCUCACCAGCAGGAACACAGAUAAGGACCGUGGGUCAACCUCAGCUGAGGAUCAUGUGUUCAAGCUGUAGGUAGCUCCCACUUUUGGUUUCAUCUCGUGGGAAGUUGAGGCUAGCGACUGGACCAAGCUAUACCAGAACGGCCUUCCCUUUCCUACCCGGCUGGUAUUUUCACCCAAUUGUUAUAGUACGACUGAACCCCACACUCGCCCCUUUCAGUCGCAAAAUAAUGUCACAACAAAACUAGACCCUUUUCAUUCAUUAUUUAUUAUUUAGGUUUAUAUUUAAAAUGUCUUUGAGAAAACAAAUCUUUCUUUUUUUUUUAAAUGGCCAGGCUCAGGUUACCAGCAGCAGACAAAUAGAGUUAUGGUGUUGGUUUGACCACCACACUGGGGCAACGGUACAACUAGUUCAGGUCUCAUAAUGGACUUUAAGGUUGUGUUUACUCUUGUCAUUUGGUUUUCUGGUCCGGACAAACGUGGAAAAAGACACAUAAUAUGAUACUGAUUGAUUUUACGUUCACACCGGCAAGAAUAAACAUAACAAAUGAUGAUGACUAUACUGACCCAAUAUAGUUAUCAAGUCAUGUUUGUGAAUUAUAAUAGACAAAUAAAUGUUUUGGAAAUUUGAGUGUCUUAACAAAAAAUACAGCUUUUUACCAAGCAACCUUAAGUACAGUGUGAACACAACCCAAGAGUCAUCCUGUAUUCCCCUUUUCCACUCAUUUAAUUUCCUGUUAUUUUUUAACAAUUUUUUGUUAUUUUCAGUUACAUUUUAAGCCUUCUUAAUUUCAGUGUUUUACUAAAUAUCGACCAGUGAGAAAUCAUUAUAUUGCCAUCACUCAGUACUGACUAUUUCUUUCAUUUUCAUCUGUUGCUCAACUGAUAUUCCUAAACACUAAAUUUAAAAAAG